CAAAGACAGUAGCUGUCGCAGUACAGGGCUGCACUUCUUCCAGCACAGUCACUCCCCUACAUAGGGGCUCUUCUCUCUUUUUGUUUUAUUUUUUAAAUGAGACCCUUCGCUUUCUAAAAAUACCCUCCCAGUUGCUACCAUUUGUCACGUAAAGGACAACAUGAUUCUAGGAAGCUGGAGUUACAGGAGAAUAGGUAUUAUGAGAGACAGUUCUUCACCGUAUAACUGUCUUCGGUUUGUGGUUUUUCAUAGAGCCCCUUGGUACUUUAACUUGUCUUUGGGGCUUUAGUGCUCUCUUGUACUUGAUAGGCAGACCCUUUCACUCCUUCUGACUUCUACUACCUUCGGUUUGGUUUGGUUUGAGGGGGGAAAUUAUUUGCAUGUGUGGCUGUGAUCUGUUUUAUACUAUUUAGUCUUUUUGACAAGUUCCCAAUAAUUUGUAUUUGUUUAUAUUCAUUACAGUUUUUAUUUACCCUCCUGUUCAAGGUCCUUUCUCCUCCCCCGCAAACUGUAUGUUCUUCUGUGCUUUUGGGGGUCGUGAAAGUUAUGAUCAGUGAUUUGCAACAGUUAUGAGCUUGGAGUCCCCUCUUCUCCAGAUAAUUUGGUGUCAUCUUAAACCUUUCUUCUAGCUGUCAGGAAAAGGUAGUGGAUCCAAGUCUUGGAAUGGUGAUGGUGGGACCUUGAACUUUGAAGCUGGAAGUCUGGGGAAUGCCCAUUGCAUCUAAAAUUAACCAGCAGGGUUGAUAAUAUGGGCUGCCUCCUCGUAUCUCUUCCUGAGAUCCCUUUAGUUACUCUGAAAUUUCAUCAGGUUUUAGGCCUUCCGACCUUCUUCCCACCACCUUUUGAGUAUUACAACUUGACAUUUUGUGCUGUGGAUAAAGUCCUUGUUGAUUCCUAGCCUGUAUUCCUUCCCCAGUUCACAACUACUCAUUCCUUCAACCCCUCCACCAAGUAAACCUCAAGAAAACUGAUCAGGGCACAUUCUGAUACCCUGUUGUGUCAGCAAAGAUGCUGUGCUCAGUGAAACUGAUAGUACCCUGCUUAAUAAAUGAGAGCACACCCUGUACUGAAUUCCUUGGUUUCUGUGGCCAUCCAUUCCAGGUUGGGUCUGCCUCCACACUAUCUGUCAAUCGCUAUCUGUAUCUAAACUCUCAACAGCAGGUCAUUGCUGGGAGACUGGACACAACAACUAAGGGCUAGAUCUAUUUCCCAUUAAAAGGGAAUUCUGUUGACUUUAAUGGGAGCUGCAGUAGUGCCCAAGGUGAGAGGUAUUCUUGCCUUUCAUGAAUCACUGAAAUCCUUUCCAUCAGGAAGUUAGUCUAACUGGCAACUAGUAGGAGUUACUUCUGUCCACCCCUUUUAUGCAUUUAGGGACUAUCAAGCAGUGUCCAGAUUCCCUCUGAUACUCCACAGCACAUGCUAUUCCAUAUACUGACCAGAAAGCAAGGUAGGACAGGGUUUUCUAGUCAAGCUAUGACUAGUGAGCGAAACCCUCCCUGGAGUUUCCCAACCCCAGAUGGCCAGGAGAGUAGCUCCCUCCUUGAGUCAAUCCUAAAAUGUCCUGAAUGGUGGGGCCAUCAGGCCAUGCCAUUCUGUCCUUAUUUCCAUAAUUCAUUUGCUGGGCAAUUCCUUAAUGGUUUUAAAUUCCACUGGCGGUGUUGGUCCCUGGUGAUGUUCUUGAUUGAAUGAAGGACCUUUGCUCUCCCCAUAGAAAAAUAGACUGUAGAACGGCGAAUGGAAUACAGUAACCUGGUGCCGUGUUUACUUGGGGCAAACUGUCCUCCAGCACCAAGAGACCCAGAGUGGACUAAGGUAUUUUCUCUGUUGACCCUGGAAUCCGAGACGGUUGUUCCUUGGGCGCGGAUGUUUACAAGAGGCUCUAAGAAGAACAUUCACAGAGGGAAGCUCAUGGAUCUCACCUUCACAGCCAUUGUCCCACUGCUUCUCGGCAGCAUGGGGCUCUUCGCCCUCUUCAGGCUGCUGCAGCGAAUGAGGAUGCGAGCCUACCUCCAGGAUGCAGUAGUGGUGAUCACAGGAGCUACAUCUGGCCUGGGGAAAGAAUGUGCAAAAGCUUUCCAUGCAGCUGGUUCCAGACUGGUGCUUUGUGGCAGAAAUGGUGAGAGACUACAGGAGCUGGUGCAGGAGCUCUCUGCCAAGGCCAAUCACGCAAAGAAUAUACACAAACCUUUCACUGUGAUCUUUGACCUCUCUGAUACUAAAACGGUAGUAAGUGCUGCUGAAGAGAUCCUGAAGUGUGUGGGUCAUGUGGACAUACUGAUCAACAAUGCAGGGAUCAGUUACCGAGGCACAAUAUUGGACACGGGGAUGGAUGUGGACAAAAAAGUGAUGGAAACCAACUACUUUGGUCCUAUAGCAUUCACAAAAGCUCUUCUGCCCUCCAUGAUCAAAAGACAACAAGGCCACAUUGUGGUGAUCAGCAGCGUUCAAGGCAAAAUAAGCAUUCCUUUCAGAUCAGCAUAUGCAGCCUCCAAGCAUGCCACCCAGGCCUUUUUUGACUGUCUGCGAGCUGAGAUGGAACAGUAUGAAAUCGAUGUGACUGUUGUGAGCCCUGGCUAUAUUCAGACAAAUCUGUCUGUCAAUGCUGUAACUGCAGAUGGAUCUCGCUAUGGAGUUAUGGACAAGAACACCAUUGAAGGCAGAACAGCUGCAGAGGUGGCUCAGGUGGUUCUUAAUGCAGUGGGGCAGAAGAAGAAGGAGGUGCUCGUAGCUGGCUUACUGCCUUCCCUGGCUGUUUACCUGCGAACUCUGUCCCCCAGACUCUUCUUCACUUUUAUGGCAUCUAGAGCAAGAAAGGAGAGGAAAGCAAAGGACUCUUAGAGCUCAGCUCCCAUGGGCAUUGACUAGGACAAGGAAACGAACUCAGGCAUCUUGGCUUUGACUAUGGAUGUGUUACUUCAAGAAACAAAUUUAAAAGGUUGCAUCUUACCAUUGUGUGCAGAGUUGGAAGUUCCAUGCAGAUCACGGGAGGCCCACAGUGCCCCACCAUCACCUAGAGAAGGCUUCCUCUACUACAGGUGAACUGGCUGAAGCUGCAAGGGAUGAUACCUGAGGAGAACCUUUCCCACUCUCCCCACCCUCAUUUUGAGUUUUAUUGUUCUCCAGUGAGUAGGAACCAGUGCUGGCUAAAGCCAAGCACAGGCAGAUAGAUGUUAUUUUUCCCCACCCAGUGCUCCCAGUGAACUUCAGUCCUCACCCAGGAGCUCUCCAGAGCAGAGUCUGCCCCCAGUCUGAUCCAGAAGUUAUCCCUUGGGUUGGAAUGGUCUACUGUGUCCCUAGUACACAGCAUCACUUGAUUUAAGCCAAAAUUACCUGUUCAGUGCUGCUUUUUAAACAGUUUAAAGUGCCCAGGUCCGGGUUAGGAAUGACACCGUGGAUAUCUGCACUGGAUGGAGCACGAGUGACCCAUUAAGCCACCUAGCCUUCAGAUCAGUUUUUGUAUUAGCCUUUUUCUAAAGUAGCU